UCAUCAUCUCCUCCCAUCUCUUGCCUCUCCAGCUCGUCCUUCCACAUCUAAGGAGUACUUACCUUUUCGAUUGUAUUGCGCUUUUCGGGACUUGCGCCAUGGGGGGAUUAGACGCACUCCGGCAGUUUAAUUUGGUCAAAUGGCUCAGAGAGGAGAGACAAUCGAGGAAACUGAUUCUCUUCAUUGUUUUUGUCGCUCUGCUUCUGGACAACAUGCUGCUGACGGUAGUCGUUCCCAUCAUUCCCAGCUACCUGUACACUCUGGAUGAGUCGACAGACGUGCUAAAGAACAACACGGCACCGAAGCAGGAUUCUCCAGCAUCCUUCCAAAGCAUUGUGUCCUUAUACGACAACACUGUUAGGCUGUCUGGGUUCAAUACUACAGCUAGGACUACUGACCUGGUCCCUCCAACCCCUACUGGUACACAGCUCCCACCAAACUCAACCGACUGCCCCCGGUCCACCAACAAGCUGAUUAAUGAAAAUGUCAAAGUAGGAAUGCUGUUUGCUUCCAAGGCCACCGUGCAACUGAUUACCAACCCAUUUGUAGGGCCAAUCACAAACAGGAUCGGAUACCAGCUUCCCAUAUUUGCUGGCUUCUGUAUAAUGUUCAUCUCUACUAUCAUGUUUGCCUUCUCAUCGAGCUACGCUCUGCUGUUUCUGGCCAGAUCGCUUCAAGGCGUGGGUUCGUCCUGCUCGUCUGUGGCUGGGAUGGGAAUGCUCGCCAGUGUGUACACAGAUGAUGAGGAGAGAGGUCAUGCCAUUGGCAUUGCCUUGGGAGGUUUGGCCUUAGGAGUGUUAGUUGGACCCCCAUUUGGCAGUGUGAUGUAUGAGUUUGUUGGGAAGACAGCUCCUUUCCUUAUUUUGGCAUUCCUGGCUAUGUUUGACGGAGCUCUGCAGCUUUUUAUUCUUCAGCCCACCAAGGUGACACCAGAGAGUCAGAAGGGGACGCCACUGUUGACACUGAUGAAGGAUCCAUAUAUACUAAUAGCAGCAGGUGCCAUUUGUUUUGGAAAUAUGGCUAUUGGCAUGAUGGAGCCAACUGUGCCAAUCUGGAUGAUGGAGACCAUGUGUGCCAGGAAAUGGCAGCUAGGCGUUGCUUUCUUACCAGCAUCCAUCUCCUACCUUAUUGGAACCAACAUCUUUGGCACGUUUGCACACAAAAUGGGGAGAUGGCUUUGUGCUCUUAUUGGAAUGGUUGUGGUUGGGAUCAGUGUAAUAUGUGUUCCCUUUGCUAGAGACAUCUAUGGUCUGAUUCUUCCUAACUUUGGUGUUGGUUUUGCCAUUGGCAUGGUGGAUUCCUCUAUGAUGCCUAUAAUGGGUUACUUGGUGGACCUGCGGCACGUGUCUGUUUAUGGAAGUGUGUAUGCGAUUGCCGAUGUAGCUUUCUGCUUGGGAUUUGCAUUAGGUCCAUCUAUUGGAGGUUCCAUUGCUGAAAGUAUUGGCUUCCCUUGGCUGAUGACCAUCAUUGGAAUAGUGGAUAUAAUAUUUGCUCCUCUCUGCAUCUUUCUGAGGAACCCACCAGGACAAGAAGAGAAAAUUGCGAUUUUAAUGGACACAAACUGUUCAAUGAAGACGAGAUCCUACUCUACUCAGGGGGCAUACUACCAGGGUGAAGACAUGGAUCCAGAAUAUGACGAUUAUGAUUAACAGGACCCCAGCCAUGCAGGGUAACCCUUCAGAGGAUCUAUUUUGUUGUACAAAAAGAAGGAAUAGAAGAAAAUCACAGCAAACGAAACAAAACAGCCAAGAUAUUUCCACGUGAAUGUCCUGCAUUCAAUCGUCACUGUUCACUGUCUUCUUAGCAGUUGUACUGGAGCAAACCAAAGUUGUCCUUUCUCUGUGAUUUCAAGCGCAUUGUGUUGCACGUAUUUUGUUUAGCCAACAGCCUUAUUCGAUGAGAGCGAAAACACCUUUUAGGUGCAGUUUGCUGAUCUGUCUUUAUCCUGUAUUGGACAUUCAGUUUUAACAUAACAGCCCUGGGUAUUAGUGUCACAUUUAGGUGUGUAAGUUGAUAGUAAAAAUGGGGAUUUUUGCGAUAAGUCGAGAAACUGCAGUCUGUCAAAAUCCAGAAACAUUUGUCAGACGCAGGUGGCCUCCCCCACACCGCUGCUGUAGAGGACCUGUGUUAGGAAGUUAACACACUUAAUGCUAUAAGAGAUGAGGAACGUAUUCUUAAACACAUUAUCAAUACAUGUUUAUCCUUCUAACAAGAACAGAGACUGUAUGUUUUUCGAAUCUCUGAAACUUUCAGUGAUAAAAGUCAAUUAGAAUAAAGCCCAUGUCCAGAUUACACCAGUGCUACCAAGCUACACCACAGCAUAGUCACACGCGUACUCAAGCACAACAGCAUGGACUUGGUGUUACUGGAGAUACUUUAGGUGAAUUUUUCGUGCCCCACCCUCCCCGUCUUGGGGCUCUGGUCUGAAAUGGUCGGCUUACUAAUACAAAGAAACAUGUUUAAAGCCUGUUACAAAUAAGUCUUUACAAGUAUUUUCCUCAUUCACAACAAAUGUAUGAGGUACUUUUUAAAUAAUUUACACAUUAAGGGGUGUGAAUGCUUUGAUAGGCGACCCAACACAGGUCCUGUUUAUGCUGCUGGUGAAGCAUUUGUCUGCGAUGAGGGAAACUGAUCUCCGGGCUUUGCACUUCAAAGCCUGUUAAACAGUUUAUAUAGUUUAUAGAUGCAACUUGCUAACCACUGUAGCUAGCACUGAUUUCACUCAUAUGGACAACAGUACUGUGUUGCUGACACAUUACCCCUGCACACUGUGCUCAGCCAUGGAAACCAGUUACCAGUGACCCCCGAUUGUAACUUUACCUGUUACACUGUGGCUGAGCUGCUGCAGUUAGGUAACCACAGCAACUCUUAACCCCGGAGGGGAGAUAUUUCACAGACUGAUGGCUGUGCGUUUGAGUUUAUACACCUGUGGCAUUGUCACUGAAAACACCUGGAUUCCAAUACUUUUGUCCAUAUGGCUCGAACACAACAAACCUCUGCGUCUGAGUCGGGAUAAUAACAAUGACAUCAUGAUGGCUGUGUCCAUAUGUGGGCAGUUUGCUGUAGCCAGAAGAGCAGAGUUGUAAAAAGACACAUUGGACCUUUAUGCUUUCUAUUCCCUCAAAACUGCCAGUGUAGUUUCAUACUGCUUAAUAAAUCAGUUUUGUCUGCAACCAAAGAUUUGCACUAAUUACUGUUGCUUUAAAUUGCUACAUGUUCCUGUCCGACUGGCAUCUGAGAAGUGCUCGUUAUAUGUCAUAGUUUCGGCACACGAAGAACACCAACCCCCGUUUGGACACAGUUUGGUUUGUAAUGUUAACUGGACUCAGGUCUGGGCUCCUUCUAAUGUACUGGCUCAGUGCACACUGGGACUAUGAGCUGAAUGACUUCAUAAACACUGACACAAUCCCGACUUUAACCGUAAGCUUUUCACUUUUUGAAAUAUUGUCAAAAUGCAUAAUUGCAAGACUUUGCUGAGGGCAGAGGUUUAUGUGUGCUGGAAUAUAUUUGUUAGAACUAAAAUGUUAGAACACACAGAAGGAAACUGAUUUUUUAAAAAAAACUUUAAUUCAUUAAUGUCUGAAGGGAACCAGAGGAAGCAUACAGAUCCUAUUGGACAACACGACAGCAUGCAGUUCCUGCACAGAUUUUUAUUGUGGCCAACAGUGGAAGCAGCAGCAUUUUGAUUGACAGUUAGAAGCGUGUAACCAGCUGUGGUUGAGUAUGGGGGAGGGUUGUUUCCUGGUGACCUUGCCCUGAGCCUUUCUGCUCUGAGCCAUCAUUACGGUUGUUUCUUACAUCUGUGCUUCCUGUGCUGUGUCAAAAUAUCUGUUAUGGUAUCUGUUUAGUACAAUGACCAGAGUGCAUUGGAGGAGUAGGUCAACUUACUAGAGAACAUGUUUAUUGUUGGCUUUGAUAUGUUAGAAUGUGGAGCCGGUAGCAGCUGUGUACUAUACUGUUAACCUAAAAACACUUGUGAUUUCAGCGAUGUGUGGGGCUUGCUCCUGCAUUGUUAAACCUGGAUUCUGUUGGCUUGUAUGUAUGAAGUGCAUCUGCAACAAGAACUAGCAAAUACAAGCAUCCAUGAGUCAGGAUUGUAAGAUUGUAAGCAGAGCUUCAUGUGUAGCAGUGACAGUGACAGCGUGAGUCAAGAGGGCGUGGCCAAAUUUAAAUCAGGUACAGAAUGUGACUCAUGACGCAGUUUGAUUGGAUGUCAUUCAUAAUCAACAUUCGUUUAUAGGUGACCCCAGAAACAUCUGAGUUUGUAAUGAUGAUAAUAUGUUAAAUAUUAAUUAAAUUGCUUGAUAGAAAAUAAAAACAAAUGGGGACAAUUCAAGUCAAAUUUAUUUGUAUGGCAUUAUUUAGACACGAGGUAAAUCAGAGCGCGUUCACAGAGGGAAAGAAAGUUUAAAACAUAUGAUAGUGUGUAUGAUGUGCAAGCUGUGUUGAGUACAGUGGUAUGCACUAUAACUGUUCAAGAACAUAAGCUACUUUCAGCUGCUGAUGCACAAUGGAUGGACCAUUUGAUCUGACACAGAGUCUUGCCAGGUAUCCCCUCACACUCUUGAACCUCGACCUGCUAACCACUACACUAUGGAGCCAGGGUAUGAAUGUUAUAUUAAAAGUACAGAACUGGACUCACCUUCUAUUACAAGCUUAAUUCAUUCCUGCAGAAAGCAAAAACAGAGAAAUGACUGUAUCAUGACAGCGUAGCAGGAUAGCUAGCUUGUGCAACAAAUGAUUACUGAAUGCUAGCUUGAGUCAAUGCAGUUUUUGGCUCUGCCCCGUAACCUUUGAACCAUCAUGAGAUUAUGUCUUAAGAUAGAUGACAGAUCAUUUUUUGGUUUUCCGUAGUAUAGCGCUGUUUGUCAAAAUGUUUGUAAAACUACAAACUAAUUAGUUGUUAUAUUUUGAUGACCUUUCUCUUUUUUUCUUAAAAAAGGUUCUUGUAAUGUUUAUGGUGUUUAUAAUGUACUGAAUCUUGUGCCAUAUGGUUUUUCUUUUUCCUCUUCCUCUAACUGUGAAAACCUGUACUAGAUUUAAGCAAAAGAGUAAAAUAGUACCAUUAAUACAAAGUAAACCAUCUAGACUUGUUUAUCCAGAGUGGGACUCGCUGGACUGAGCAGGGAUUAACACACCCAACACUCCUAACGACCAAUCUACGGAGUCGUUUCUGGGUAUUUUUGUGCACGUUUUGUGGUUUUGGUCAGAAUCUAUUGAAUAUAUGUCACUCUGUGAGUCUUAUAUGUAUUUGACUGGAUUGUUUUUCAUACUUGUGGGAACACCAUAUUCUCUAUUAAAUGUUGUAUACUGUGAAAAAGCAGUUUUCUCCGUAGAGAUGACACCUCUAAAUAUCUGGACAGCAGGAUUUUCUGCAUAAUUAACCUUUGGUGAAUUUAAACCACUGAGCAUUCAGACCAAAUGUUGGUCUAGCUGAGGCUUCAUAUCAUCCCCAUGAUACCUCAGAAUGUACACAAAAUUAACAUGCGUGUGGCUAACAUGUAGCACAGGUCCCAGAAAUCCUCAUGUUGAUUAGUUGUGCCGGGCGCUUGAAGACAGCAGAUGGGUUGUCAUGACGGGAGAAUGUGGGAGCAGACACACUGUAAUCAGGCUGUCCAUCCCAACACUGGCCUUCAAUUACUUUGCAGAUGCUCACACGAUACCUCCUUUCCCUCCUCACUGAAGACUGAAACAGUUGCUGUUCUUGCAGCAGUGUAGGUGAACCAGAGCUUUCUGUGUAAUAUUACAUUUCUGUGUGCAACUAUUUUACCAAUUAAUUUCACAAUUUCUGAAGGGGGCGGGACUACGGCC